UAAUCCUCUACGGAUUUGUUAUGAACAAAAUGUAACCAAACACUAACAUGAAUACACCUCAAGUACACCCCAAGUAACAAGUCAUUCGGCCACACGAUUCAAAAUUUUCAGUGAUGUUUCAGUAAAAUAAUUUUAUUUUGUAUACAUAAGUUAGGUCUAGGAGGAAGGACAUUAACUAAUCAGCAAUGGACAGAAGAAACAGGCCUAGACCCAGACCGCACAUGCGGCAGGAAGAUUGUCCGCCAGUCCAGCAGCCUCCGCCUGCGCCCAGGGAACCCGAGAUGAUCGACUGGACCGGUUUCGAACCACCAGCCCCUCGUGCACCAUCACCACGUUGUCCAUCCCCACCACGUUGUCCUGAGGAUGAGGAGAGGAGGAGGCAGGAAGAGUUUAGGCGGAAUUUGGAAUGUGAGUUCGACCCGUGUAAGAGGAGAGAGUCUCCACGCCAGCCUGGGCAGUCAUAUUUCGAUGAAUUACUGCCAGGAGCCAGGGAACGGGGCGCGGCCUUCGCACCGGGGACUCCAGGCGGUUUGAAUAUCUUUGAUCCAAUACCACAAGCAUCGCCAGAAGUUGUGCAAACGUUUGAUCCCAUACCACAAGCUCCUCCUCGUACUCAACCUUAUAUAGAUGAAUUACUUGGUCCCGGGAUGAUAGACCGUCCAGGAUAUUUUACUGCUAAGGUUACGGAAACAUUAGACAUAUUUGAAGAAUUUCGUCCGCCACCCGCAGAAGAACUUGACCCCUGCUGGACUGCCCCAGAUCAGCGGGAGAAGGCUCCCUCUGGAAGUUUCUUCAGAGAUCUGGUGCCGGAAUGGGGAAUGUAUGGGGGAGGUGCUUUAAUUCCUCCUCCCGUGUAUCAAGAUCCAAAUUACCUGGUAAACUUGUGUGAACCCGAAGGCCCUCAACCACCUGUCUACGCUUUUCCUGAAGGGGAACCCUUAGAGCCGACGUUACUGCCAAUGCCUUGUCCACCACAAAGGCCACCCUCCCCUCGACCUGCCUCUCCACCCCCGGCACAGGUGCAAGUACCCGUAGAAGAGCCACCUCCUCAACCAGUAUGUCCUCCUCGACAGAUGUCACGCAGAAACCAACAGUUUCAGAGCAGCUGGUCUUUUGGAGAUCUAGCAGCACCAGCUGAGGAGCCCCCGCCGCGGGUUACGGGCCGCCCAGGCGCAAGACCAGCAGCUCAAGCGUGUCCACCACCUCCAGAUCCUCGCUCCCGCCAUGGACGCCAACAACCAGCCAGACAACAAGACCCAACCGACCUGGUUGAUUGGAAUACGGAAUUGCCAUCGAUUGUAGAGCACCCUUGUGAACUAGUACCACAGUACCUUCACCCGGAUGCACCACCGCAACAACAGCAGCAAACAGUUGUCAGAGACCGCUUCGGGCGUCCGCAAUACCAGAGACCUGUUCAAGUCCCGGACAUGAUGCAAAUGGAGGACGUUCAAGCAGCAGCAGAACAGGCCGCUGCGACUGGAGGUGGUGCUGCACCUGUCUGUCCGCCGACUGGAGGACAAGCAGCUCGUCGCAACCUGAUGAAAACAAGUAUAAAUUGGGGUGAUGCACAAGAAGAGGAACCUUGUCCGCCAACUGAUCGACGAAAAGCUGCACAACAACAGGCGCAAGCAGCGGCUGUAGCAGCCCAGGCCCAGCAAGCCGAGAGAGCCCCUCGUGGUAGAAAUUUGAUGCAGGCCAGCGAAGGAUGGGGAUUUGGAGCCCCGGCGUCUCCUGCUGCCGCCAGGGAUAGAUCUCGUAGCCCACAACGACAGGGAGCAGCACCGGUUUGUCCUCCUGCUGAGCAAGCACCACCUGCCGCACCAGCCGCGCAGCAGGCACCUGUGGCCGAGAGAGCGCCCCGCGGCAGAAACCUGAUGCAGCCCAGCGCUGGGUGGUUUGGAGCGGAGGAAGCGGAAACUGUUUGUCCACCAAAGAAAAAAUCACCUGUGUGUCCCCCAGCUGAACCACCACCAGAAUGCCCACCACCUGCGGUGCAGCAGCCACCUGUGGCCGAGAGAGCUCCCCGCGGCAGAAACCUGAUGCAGCCCAGCGCUGGGUGGUUUGGAGCGGAGGAACCUGCUUGUCCACCACCUAAAAAAUCACCUGUGUGUCCACCAGCUGAACCACCGCCAGAAUGUAAAAAACCUGCAGUACCUGUGGCCGAGAGAGCGCCCCGCGGUAGAAACCUGAUGCAGCCCAGCGCUGAGUGGGGAUUUGGAGCUCCUGCGACUCCUCCUGCUCGCAGAGACAGAUCCCGCAGUCCGCAACGACAACAACAACAACAACAGCAGGCUGGAGGAGUUUGUCCACCGAAUGCUCAACCCCCGCAGCAAGCCCAAAGAGCGGCCAAGGGCAGAAAUUUGAUGCAGCCUAGUUCGGACUGGGCAACAUCGAUGCAGCCGCCUUCGCCGCCCAGACGUCCCCCACGGUCCCCACCACGAUCGGAAGCAGCAACGGUUUGUCCACCACCUGAACCGUCGCCCAACGUGUCAGAAGCAAGGGCGCUCUCACCAGGACGACAAGCAGUUUCACGGUCGCCUCCACCAGUAUGUCCGCCGAAAACAGCGCGGUCGCCACCACAGGUUUGUCCUCCGGUGAGUCAGGUGUCCCGUGGGAGACAGGCGAUGAUGCAGUCCAGCAUCUCCUUGGGAGGUGGUCCAGAUCUAGGUCCAGAUUUGCAGCUUGGAGCCCGACGGAGAGAUCAAGCUAGACGCCAAGUUGACUCCAAUCCUUUCGAGCGUGAAGUGGAUCCAAUCGGUACAGGAGGUCGCCGCAAACCUGCUGCUCGUGAUGACUUUAACCAGUUCCAAGCCCUUAAAGACCAAGAGAAGAUGAAAAACAGACCUCAACGCCGUAGACCAAUCCGUGAUGAUUUCAACACUUAUUCAAUACCUGAUGAUGAGCUUCCCCAAGCACAAGCGCAGGCUCCACCAUGUCCACCAACUCAACGACCGCCAUCACCACAAGCGCAGGCACCACCAUGUCCACCAACUCAACGCCCACCAUCACCUCAGCGUCCGCCAUCUCCACGUCGGGCAUCUCCUGUACAAGCAAGGCCGCCUUCUCCGUGUCCACCAGAACCUCCAGUCUGUCCACCAGCACAGUCUCCACCCAGAUCGCCACCUAGGCCAGCGGCAACGGUAUCAGCACCGGUUUGUCCUCCGGAGCAACCACCUCCGAGCCAAGUAGCCCGUGGAAGACAGGCUAUGAUGCAGUCCAGCAUCGCAUUUGGAGGUUGUGAUGAGCCUGUAUCGAGACCUCGUCAUGGUGCCGCCCCUGCACAACAGCAGCAGCCUGGGGGCAUGGCUGCAGAAAUGAGACAGGUCGUUCGAGAGACGAGGAAUGAAGUAAACCAGGCAAUUCGAAGAAACCAGAGAAGCGCCCUGGACCACUCUCGAUUUUUCUAGAAACAAUAUAUUAUAGUAAGGCCAACAUCAUAUUAUAAUAGGGUCAACAAUUUAGCAUAGAGUGUUAUGUAUACAAAAUAAAAUUAUAUACGUUA